AUGUGGCACAAGUCGGUGUGCGUGGGCCUGCUCGCCCUGGCCGUGGGCUACCUCUGCCUGCUGGGCCCCGAGCUGCCCCAGUCGGCGCUGCAGCACCUCUCCGCCUCGCUGCUGGGCGGACUGCGCCGCGCCCGCUCCCUCGAGAGCCGCAUGGUGGCCGCCUGGCAAGCGGCCAUCGUCCGCCCGGCGCGGGGCUGGGCGCGCGUGGCCGUCGGUGUCAACGCCUGUGUAGAUGUUGUUCUGUCUGGUGUGAAAUUGUUAGAGGAGCUCGGUCUUGAUCCUGGGGAUGGAAAAAAUCAUGCCGUCCUGAACUCCAGACAAGACCUGAAGGAAGCAUUCGCUUACUUCAUGCAAAAGGGGGCAGCUGCUGAGCGCUUCUUCAGUGAUGCGGAGUCUUUCCAUCACAUAGCGCAGACAGCCUCGGAGUACCCCGAUGCACAGCUUUAUGUAGGAGGGAAUGCUGCUCUUAUUGGUCAGAAGCUUGCAACAAACCCAGACCUGAAGAUCCUCCUUUGUGGCCCAGUUGGUCCUAAACUUCAUGAACUACUUGAUGAUAACAUAGUUGUGCCACCUGAAUCUAUGCAGGAAGGGGAUGAAUUCCAUCUUAUCUUGGAGUAUCAAGCAGGUGAAGAGUGGGGACAAGUGACAGCACCCAAUGCCAACCGCUUCAUCUUCUCCCAUGACGUAUCAAAUGGCGCCUUAAAUAUGUUGGAAGUGUUUGUGUCUAGCUUGGAUGAAUUUCAGCCAGAUCUUGUGGUACUCUCAGGGCUUCACAUGAUGGAGGGCCAGAGCAAGGAGAUGCGACAGAAACGACUUCUGGAGGCUGUGGCCUCCAUAUCUGAUAUCCCUACUGAUAUUCCCAUACACCUGGAAUUGGCCAGUAUGACUGAUCAGGAUCUUAUGAGCAACAUUAUGCAUCAGCAGGUCUUUCCCCUGGUGAACUCUAUUGGGCUGAAUGAGCAGGAGCUGCUCUUCCUCACGCAGUCUGCCUCUGGUCCCCACGCCUCCCUGGCUUCCUGGAACGGAGUUCCCGAUGUCGGCGUGGUCAGUGACAUCCUCUUCUGGAUCCUGAAGGAGCACGGGAGAACCACAGACAGGGCCUCCGAUCUCACACGGAUCCACUUCCACACCCUGGCCUAUCAUAUCCUUGUUACAGUGGAUGGGUACUGGGGCAACCAGAUUGCUGCUGUGGCUGCUGGAGCUAGAGCGGCAGGGACGCAGGCCUGUGCAACGGAGACCAUUGACACCAGCAAAGUCUUUCUUAAAGCUCCUCUGGAGUUUGUGACCUCCCAGACAGAGGCACCCUCCAAAAUAUCUUUAAACCCAGAUGAGCCAGUAGUGCAUUGGCACAGAGAAGGGAUUUCAUUCCAUUUCACUCCCGUUUUGGUGUGUAAAGAUCCUGUCCGGACCGUGGGACUUGGGGAUGCUAUUUCAGCUGAAGGACUACUAUAUUCAGAAGUAUAUCCUCAAUAGAAGACUAAGACCCUACUUUUUCUCCAGUACUGUACUGAGGAAUCACGGUGUUCUCGUUAGGAUUUCAGCCAGUGGUGGUAUAGGAAUAGAAUUAGGGUGCGAUACAUUUUCUGGAUAUAACUGAAAAAGAGCCAAAGAAUAAUUCCAGGUAUAAGCUGUCAGACACAUUCCAGUCACUUGGCAGUGACUCGAACAUUUCAUGUUCAAGUGCAGAGGCUUUAGUAUUUUAAAGCAAAGACUGGCUUUUCUUUGUCUUAAGCAUGUCGGGAAGGAAAUGAGUAUCCAAAUCCCUGUUUUGAGUAGGUCUGGUGUUUGUAACCAUGAAUUGGUCUUGUCUGUUAGUGCUUGAAAGUAUAGCAGCCAGGAGAAUUUCCUGCUUAUGAAUUCCAGGGAGAGCACAGCAGUUCUCGGCCCUGUCUUGCUUCUGAUAAAGUAAAAAUAAAAGGCUCUUGCAUUAUCUCCUCACGGCACAUUGCUACAGGGCAAGAGCAAACCUUCUGCUUGCUUGGUGUGAUGAUGAAAUCUCUUACUGACAAAAUUACCUCUCAACCUCAGUGCCCCUGGCAUUGGAGGGAGCCAGAGUCCUGAAAUGUGAUGCACACCAUACCUACUCCUUAAAUGCACAGAGAAAACCUGACUCAAGACUGCAGAGGUUGUUUUGGGUAGCUAUCUGGUUGUCUCUGUGACUUACAGUAUUCAACUGAGCCCUAGUAGCCUGCACUUAGUUUUUGGGCAAAUAAAAGUGAAGAUAAUCCAGGUUUAUAUUUGGGGGAACAGCUUUACUUACUUGUUGGGUUAAUCCCAGAACUUUACCUGGGUUAGUUAUACACUAAAUACCAAGAGUUUCAGCCAAAGGGGCUCACAGUUUGCUUCCUUUGCCAACAGUAGGUGCUUAUAUCUGAUCCCUUCCAGCUGACAAAAAAAGCUUUUGGAUGCUGGAGACUAAACUUUUGUUUGAGAACUGUUGUGCAAUUUUCUCCGGUUUCCCUGCGUUCCAUUCAGAAGGGUUAUGUUCUUAGGCACGGCCCCUCUGGGGGCUAAAAAGCUGUGACAGCGCCUUCCAGGUAAGAUUGAAGUGAGGCUCUUUUUAUUUUGGAUGAAGUCACUGAUAACAGUUCCUUUGCUCUGGACAGCCUUUGAAAUGAAUAAAGUUAGAACUUGUGUGUCUUAUCACGCAAAUGAUGCCUAGUAUCUUGGCAUAGCUAGUUUAGAAAGCUUGUGAAAUACUUUGUUUAUAUUUUUUCCUCUUGAUAGUAGCACCCUAUCAGUUGCACAGGAUAUCCUGCAUAGGAUCGAUACCAGGAUCUUCUGUGUUGUCUGUGUCUCCUUCCAGGAAUGUUAAUGUAUUUGUAUAGCUAUCAUACAAAUUUUUCAGUAUAACUAAAUUAAAUGCAAUCACCGUAUCUAUGCAAGCCAGGACUGUACUAGAAUUUGUAUGAGGUCACUUAUGGCCAGUCUUUGCAUCUGAAUGGAGGGGAGUGAUAUGGAGUCCGCAUCACUUUGGCUGGAGGGAUCGGUUACAGUACUGCUGUCAUACUGCUGUCAGUGAUGUUUUCCUGUUGGAAAAACCCAUUGUGAAAGCUCUGUAAGGAUAAAAAUUGACAGCUGUUGUAACUUGUACAGACCUAACACACAACGCUGUCUGCCAGUGUAUAUUUAACUUCUGCUUCCCCUCUGAGGAAAGCCUGCUCUGUAGUACCGGAGGAGAGACCCAGUCAGUGCUAUGCUUUCCUGUAGCUUAGACCACCCUGAUCUUCCCUUGGAUCUUGGCAUUUAUCUCCAUGAGGGAUCAUCUUAACACUGGAAGUCUUUCUAUCCAGAGUUUAUUUUUGAUAAAUUGUAGCAUGGGACUCAGAGCUCUGUUUUAGUCUUUCUAAAAAAUAUAUAUAUUUUAAAAAAAACCUGCUUUGAGCCAUCUAAAAGGUCUGAGGCCAUUAGCAGGGUUAUUUUUGCAACCUUUGAUCACAGCCUUCUGGCACAACCCCCCUAGGGCCACCAAAGGCCAUGCAUCCAACCAGCUGGAGAAUUAAUUCUUUGCUUAGGGUAGGUCCCACUUUCUCGACAUCAGGCUGAGCUGUGUGGAUUCUUGAGCUGGAAACAAAACAAAGCUAAACACACACAAGCUGUUAUGAGCAAUGGUCUUGCUGUUGUAGUUGAUCUCUCUCUUCCAAAAACAAUUGCUGAGAUACUGGGCUUGUUGGACUGUCAUUGCCUUAGGGCCAUUUAAAAUCAUGUAAGUGCACUAACAGAACCUGUCCAAGGGUGAGUUACGCUUGCUCUUUGCAGGGGUGUUACAGGCCUUCUGGUGUUUUGGGGUUUUUCUUGUUUUGUUUUUGUUUGUUUAGGGUUUUUUUGUUUUGGGGGUUUUUUUUAAGCUUUUUCAAAUAAAUAACUGCUGUAAGUAUGAAGCGAGUUUAUUGCUGAGAGUUCAUCUGGGCCUAAAAACUAAACACUCCUAAAUUAUUAUGAACUCCUUUCCUGUUGCGUCUGUUCUUUCUCACUGGGUAAUAUUGCUCCUAUGGCCAUUUGCCCGUGUGCUGUGAAUGCCUGGCAGCAAGAGUCCCUUCUCGAGGGAAAGUAGCUUGUGAUGGCUAGACUGCUGCUGCAUCUGCAGAGCUGCUUUGAUCAGGCAUCUCGCUGUCGGGUUGCCUGCUCACCAAAUUCACUUAGCAAGGAUAAUUCUUAACACGUGCGACCUGUUAAUCAGAUAUGCUCUUGGUAUCCCUGAUUAAGUUUUGAAACAAUCUAUAUGAUAAUAAAACUGAACCGAAUGGCAGCACCCAGCAGGCCUCCUUCAAUUCAUAUUUCACGUGCUGUGAACCUGAUGUGCUUAGCUUCCUUCUGCCUUCCAAACUUAAUUAGGAGGAGGGCUGCAGAGCCUCUUGAAACCCUUCUGCACGCGCAGGCUGCCUGACCCCUACGCGCAGUAACAGCAGUGACAGCGAAGCAAGGCUGCUCAGUCUUCAACAGGCUUUGCUGAACAACAGAAAUGGAAAUAUCGUGUGUGGUGGGUUGUGUGUUUAAACUCUAGUGAGAUACCUAUCAAUUUAGGGGGAAACUUAUCCUUCAAGGUUGGUGUUUUGACUGUCCCCAUUGCAGUACUUUUGGUGCUCUUGGGCUUGCUUGCUUUUUUUAUUUCUCUCCCCUAUGGAAAACAGCUGGAGCACAUCUGAAAAGUUAAAAGGCUGUUGUGUCCUGUUUUUCUUAUGAGUACUUAAACAAUUCUUUUUAGAGGGUCCUGUGAUCUGUUUUUUUUUUUGGGGGGGGGGGGGGGGUUGGGAUUUUUUUUUCCCCUGUUGGUUGUAAAAGACAAAAGUCCUUGGUAGGUGAGAGGUUUAGCAAACUUAUCUAACUGUGAAACUCCAGAUCUGGAUUCACCAUCAGAACACAGCUUGCAAAAAUACCAAAGUUUUAAAACCAGUUUUGAAAUGACCUCUGCGUUCUCCUUGUCCUUACCCUCUCUCCCUGCAAAUCCUUUUUGUUCUUGUGCUUUAAUCAUACGUUGACAUUCACACUGAUUGAUGUGGUGGAUAGAUCAAGCCUGAGCUAGCCUUGCACUCCUGAAUCGAAGGGUUUACACUGGAAACGUUUGCUUGCACGUAGCUUGCUGAUGAUGUGAUACGUGACCUCAUCGUUGUGAGAGCACACCAGUGGCUUUAUAGACGACAGGGCUUGCACAACGCUGGUAUUCCACUUCUGAGUACCUGUAGCCAAUACAGGCAUGUUGUUUGUUUUUUUUUUUUUUUCCCCCAGCCUUUGAUCAAAAAAAGUAAUUGUUGAUAUCUCAUUGCGAAAGAAAGGUGACGAGGCUGCCUGGGUGUGUUGCCUCCUGAAGGCAGGUUAUUUGAGAUGUGUGAAUCGCAGGAAGCUGGCAGGCCUUGAAACGGUAUGUUGUUGCUUCUCUGCUGUACCCAUGCUGACGUGCGACUGCUGCCUGGCCAUGGAAGAGUAUAUUCCAAAGUGAACUUUUUUUUGCAGUUUAAAGGCUUUUUGUUUUCUGCCCAGGGGAGUUUUUCUUUACUUCCAUGUUUCUUGGUUAUCUCCUCUUGUGACAUGUGAGAUCUGGUUAAGUUUGUUCUUGUCUUGUGAGUUCCUUUUACAGAACAAAUGCUAAAUUCUUCUCCUUACCUUUCUGCAUUUCCUCUAGAAAAGACCACAUCAACUGCUCUGAACCUUGUUAGAGCUUGAUUUAGAGCCCGACACCACUUCUCAGUUAUGGAAAUCCCAAACCUGUAUAUUAGCAGAGAGCUAGGUCCACUUCCACAACUAACAGAAAAUUGCCAGCGGUUUAUGUAUUUGCCAUCAGCUAUCUUCUGUACAGGCUUAUUAAGACUAGUUAAGCUAAGGUGCAGGUGGCAUCUUAUAGCCCCCUCUGAAGUGCAAGGGCCUUAUAAUAGAUAUAAAAAGUAGAUCAUCUUAAACUGUGCAAUCCACUGAUGAUAACUGGGGUUGGCUGUGUGUGUGUGUGUGCACAUGCGUGCGUGUUGUAAUCAUAUAGUAAACUGUCAGCAACUGCCUAAUUGUUAUGUCCUACAGGGUGACCGUUCCAGCCAUGUUCUGAAAAAAGUAAAAAUGGAUACUGGGACACAGCUUUUUUGAGAAUGGUAAAAGGCAGCAUAAUUCAUUGCACUUACCCCAGAAGCCAUCUAAACAUCUGUACUGUUGGGCUCUUGCUUUCAGCAUAGCUGAAAGUUAAUGCUGUUGUCAACUAUUGAGCAGCUAAACCGUUUCUGCAUUGGUAUCUGGUGUUAGGUACUGAUGCACAUGCUCAGGGCAAUCUGUUCUGAAGUGGUCCUGUCAAGUACUUCUGUCACCCCAUGUGUUACGUUACUAUUUCUGUUUUAAGGAAACUCAUCAAGAUUUUAAGUACAUGUGAAAGAACACUGUAAAACUGGGGGGAAAUAUUGAGGGUUUUUUUCUUUUUUUAAUAGCUUUAGGGGGUUUAAGUCAGGCUAUAUCUAUAUGAACAAUCCCAUGUUUGAACAUAAAUGUUUGUUCCAAGCCAUAUUAAUUGCACUCUUCUCUGGCACAAUUGAUGUUUUGGUGAAAGCACACAGUUAUGUUUUGAAACCAUGAUUGUACCAAAGUGGUAGUUCUGUGUUCUUUUUUAAAGAAGUUACAUGUCUAUAGGCUUGCUGGGUAAUGUGAUACAGUGUUGUUAGAACUGCAUUCACCACAAACCAUAUAUGCACUGCCCGUAAUUCAACCUUGGACCCUGUUCUAAGUGGCAACUAGCAAGAAGAGAACUGUUUGAGCAGGAAAACAGGCGUUCCACAGAACAACCCACCACCUUCACAGUCUGUUGUAUUGAAUGAAGCUCACAGCAAAGUACCUCCUGUCUUUGAUCAGCUAGCUACAACAGAAGCCAUGACAAAGAUUUAGUCUCACAUUCCUCGUUCAAGCACUAGCGAGCUUACUAAAGCGAGGAAUGGGAAUAUUAAAGGUUAUCUUUGUUCUUUAUUUUUACAACUCCUGAGUGCUAUGGGGCAGAACAAGCAUUCUUUUACCUAGACUAGCCCUUGGACUGCUCUCAGGCCUCACUCCUGUCUUUCUGCUCCAGCAGUGCUGAGUCUGAUUAAACCCUUUACUCAAACUUUAUCUUAGCCUUCAUGCAUCCCAGGAAUGAUUGUUCUCAUGUCUGCUCAAAGAUGUCAGAUUAAGUUCUCUUCCAUAACAGAUGGAGCAGUUUCUUGUGUAAUAUCUCAGGUGGAUCCUAGGCCCCGGCCAGAACUGGAUUCUCAAGGAGUUACUGAUCCAAACUCCUAUUGUAGGAUGUCUCUCUGUGUGGGAGAGUUGAGGUUCCCUCAACAAAGGGAGCAAAUGCAGGUUGGAAACAGCAUGCACAGCCAAUGCCUUCUGUGCCAGAGACUCAGAAAGGCUCGCUGUGGAUUUGAAAACUGCACCUGGUAUCAGCCAGCACGGAGAAGAGCUCAUGGCAGCGGAAGAAUACAAAUUAUGGCAGCUAAGGUGAAUGAUCUCACUAAAAUGCAGGGGAGGAGUAGGGGGGCCAAGAAAAAAAAAUCCUGAAAGUCUCCCCUAAGAAUUUCUCAGGAAAACUGCUCCUUAGCCAGCUGGAUAAAACUGAGUUCAAAUCUCACCUGUUUUUUUCAUUAAGAACCACUGAAGAAAACACUGAUUUGGUUUGAGGGAGUGGUAAAGCUUUCCUUGUAGUAGAACUGUGUUUCCUAUUAUAUAAAAUACUCUUGGCAGAUGAAGUACUUACUUAUUAUAUGCUUUUUUUUUUUUUUGUAGUGCAUUUAUGUGUAGAGCUUAUUAUUUUAGUAAAGUUGGGUUUUUUCUUUUUUCCUCUUCAUUCAGCUCUAAGGUUUGCCUAUCUCUAAAGAAAAGGCUUUGCCAGCUGAAACCCACUUCCCAAUUGGGAAGUCUAAAUUUUAAAUGUCUAACAUGAGAACUGAACGUACGUUGUUCAGUCUUCUGUCAGUGGCCAUGUCUGGGCAGUCAAGACAGAGCACAGGAAAGUAGCAAAUAUACAGUAAUGUUGCCUGUAACAGAUCAGCAUCCUCUUGUCUCAGGGGCCUCAAAACCAGAGUUGUCUGUUUUAAUACAAAUUGCUGGAUGAACCGGUCAGUAACUCUUGGCUGAAACGAGGCCUUGCUGCCUAAUCUUUGCUUUUUGAGUGUCUCAUAGUCCCUUCCCUGGGAGGAAGUGAAAAACCUGCUGAUGCCAGAAGCAGGUUUUGCAGUAUACGGUAUGAUUUCCAAAAUCCCUAAAUGACUUAGUACAGUCCUGCAGAAAAAUCCCUUGCUUAAUUUCAGUUGAAAAAACAGUCCAGCCUCCUUCUCCUCGUUAGCUAGCAGAAGAGCUCUCUAUACAGUUACUAUUAGAAUAUAACUACUGUGAAUGUACUGUAGGCAAAUGCCAUCAUCAGAAUACUCAGGGGAGGACAGGAGCUGGGACAAGGAAUGUCUGUUCUAUUUAUUAUCCAGCUGUAAUUACAUAUUUUAAAAUGCUUCCUUAGACAUGAACCUCCCUUCUGCUCUGGUCAAAUCCAGAAAGUAACAAGGUGCUACUGCUUCUGUUCAUGGAAGGAAAAAUUAUAUUAAUCAUCUGCCUAAGCUUUUUACUGAGAGGUAUAUUUUAAAUACCUUUACAGUACCUGCAACUGUAAUACACCCCAUAGUACUUUCACCUAUAAAAACAUCUUAGCAGCCAAGAAGCUAAGAGGUUGCACAAGUGGGUCUGGGUGAGAAAAGAGAGUUAUAUCUUUGGCUGUUCCUUGUGCCUCAGGUGUGCUGGAAAUUGAGAAUAAAGGUGUUUCAUAAGCAGACCAGGCUCCCACAGCCACCUGUGGGACAAGGGCUGCACCCAUCAAAUGAAUAGAGCAAAAUGGUUUCAUAAUGCUGCAAGUCUUGGCAUUGCUUUCCCCUGCCUUCUGCUUGUUGUAAAAAGGAUAAAUUAGCCAGUAAAAUCUAAACAAAGAGUGACAAACAAAUGGAUGGAAAACUCAGCCUUCCUCCAUCAGCAGUGCUGGUGCUCACUUGCCUGCACUCGCUCUGUCCUGGUCACUGUUCUUUGUGUUGGACCUUCCAUAGCUUGAAAGACUAAAGGAUUAUGGUAAGACUAAAGGACUAUAACAAGCAACUGUUACAGGAAAACUUGUCUUGAACUCAAGUUUUGGGGGUGAGGUAAAGAGUUCCCAAACCCUGCCUAUCCCUGCUCUGCAAUCUUAACCUCUUCUUCACAGGCACCCCCUUAUGCUGCAGUAACCUUGAGUGUAAGAAGUUUAAUGUGAAUAAAAUAGCUGCAUUGUACCUGA